AUGGGUUGUGAGGACUUCGUGCUGCACACCUUUGUCCUUAAGAGUAUGCUGAAGGAUCACCAAAACCUUACAUCCACUCUGCUUGCUCACCUGUUCUACAAGGAGAUUGUAGAGAAUACAGCGAUGGGGGUUAAAGCCAUCCAGGAAAGAGUUCACCUUCAAUAUAAGUAUGAAAUUUCAUAUGGCAAGGCAUGGAGGGCUAAACAUAUGGCACUGGAGAACAGAUUCGGGACCUUCCUAGAUGCUUAUGACGGUGUCGUCCGUCUCCUCCUGACAUUGAAGGACCGGAAUCCGGGCACCCAUGUGGACAUACAAGACUGUGUGAUAUCAAAGUUCCCUAAUGUCAGGGUUCUUCACAGGGUGUUUUUCGCAUUCAGCAUAUGCAUCGAGGCGUUCAUGCACUGUCGUCCGGUGAUGUGUGUAGAUGGAACUUUUCUAACUGGCAGGUAG